CCUGCAGCUGCUUCAUCCCAAUGCUAUGCCGCCCUUGUUAGAGCCCCGCUUUGAUGGGAUCAGCGCAAUGCAAAUGCAACAGCGACUGCAAGUCACGAAUAGAGGAGCGACUAGAUGAGGACAUCGAGGAUAGUAUCCUGUCAGUGGUUUCCUCCCGGACACUAGGGUCGGCCGAAGUUUUAGAAUGCUUGCACAAGGUGCAGCUCUUUACGCGGCUGCCAGAAGACCUGCUGCCAACCUUGGCGCCCCUCUGCGACGUGCGGGACUACUUGCCAGGCGACGUCGUGAUCGAGCAGGGUGACGAUGGUCACGAGCUCUUUGUGAUUAGGAAGGGCAUCACCUCGGUCCAGGUGAAUGGGCACGAGGUGGCACAGCUCAAGGACGGAGAUUACUUUGGAGAGAAUUCGCUGCUCCGAGACGAGCCCCGGACUGCGACCAUUGUGGCGAAGGCGCCGUUGUCAACGAUUAUUGUCCAAAGGGAGAAGUUUGACGAGCUGGGCUUGCGGGAGAAGCUGGUAUUCAAAACUCGGAAGGCAAUCGGCGGUGGUUUCUUAGAAACCUCGGCAGCCAAGCCACCCUGCUUGAAGUCGAACGAUGACCGCGCAGUCAUGGAAAUGGCACUCAAGAACAACUCCAACUUGCAGGGCCUGGUGGCCCUGGACGAUAAAAGCAUUCAUCGAUUGAUCGACUGUGCUUGGAAGGAGGAAGUCAAAGCUGGCCUCGACGUGAUCACCGAAGGUGACCUCAACGCCAGCUUCUUCUACAUCGUAAAGUCAGGGAAAUUUGAGGUGCUGCAGCGGGUGGACGAGAAAGCUGCCCAGCGCGUUGGGCAGCUGAAGGCUGGCAGCAGCUUCGGAGAGCUCGCUCUCAUUUUCACAGCCCCGCGGGCUGCUACUGUCAAGGCACUGGUUGACGCUGAGCUGUGGGUGAUGGACAGGUCAGAUUUCAAACAGAUUCUGGCAGAUCGCAGCGACAAGUGCCAGGAAUAUGUCGCCUACCUGGACAAGGUCGAUCUGUUGAAAGCGCACCUGAAGACAGCAGAGAAGGAGGCCCUGGCCAAGUCGCUGACAGAGAUGACCUUUUCCGAGGGCGAGUCCAUCUUCGAACAGGGUGAGAAGGGAGAGUCCUUUUACAUACUCAUAGAGGGCCAGGUCUCUGUCAUCAAGGAUGGCGUGGAGCAGAUCAAGCUGACCGCAACGGGGCAGGAAGCGCGCCACUUUGGCGAGAGGGCGCUGAUGACGAACGAGCCCCGGGCUGCCACCAUCAAGGUGACAUCUAGCACAGCUAAGACGCUGCGGCUAGACAGAGUGUCUUUCGAGAUGCUUUUGGGAUCCUUGGAGGAGCUCAAGAAGAUGGGCAAUGACCGGCCAGCUGUGGUGAUGAACCCCCAGGCCAAGAUGUUCCGAAACGCAUCCUUACUGCGGAGCGCCUCGCACAUUGGCACUGCUGGAGGUGAUCGCGAAGCGCAGGACAUCGGGCCAAUAGAGAGGAAGCACUUGAAGCCUGUCGGUAUGCUCGGCUGUGGCGGCUUUGGGUGUGUGGAGUUAGUGGAGCAUGAGCUCACGGGAGAAACCUACGCACUGAAGGCAAUGAGCAAGGGCUACAUUGUGAAGUGCGGCAUGAAGCAGAGCGUGCUGACAGAGAAAGCGGUGCAGAUGAUGUGUGAUUCCCUAUUCAUUGUGCGGCUCUUUGAGACGUACAAGAAUGAUGUCACUCUGUACUUCCUCCUGGAGGCUGCGCUUGGGGGUGAGCUCUAUGCAACGUACAACAAGAAAGGUUUCUUCGGCAAGGAGAAUUUCGUGCGCUUCUACGCCGCUGGGGUGGUCAUGGCUUUUGACCACUUGCAUGGAAAGAAGAUCUUGUACCGUGACCUGAAGCCGGAGAACCUGUUGCUCAAUGAAAAGGGUAACAUCAAGCUGGCGGACAUGGGCCUGGCCAAGAUUUGCAUUGGCAAAACCUACACGGCCUGCGGAACUCCGGACUACUUUGCGCCGGAGCUGAUUGCCUCCACAGGCCACACCAUUGCCGUGGACUGGUGGACGCUGGGAAUUUUUAUCUUUGAGCUUAUGAGUGGCCACCCGCCCUUUGAGUCAUCCUACCCCAUGCAGACAUAUCAGAAGAUCAUGCGAGGCAUCAACAAGGUGGCUUUUCCUCCAAAGUGCAAAGGUCCUGCGGAGGAGCUUAUCAAGCACCUGUGCAGACCGGAGCCGUCUGACAGACUGCCCAUGAAGAAAGGCGGCAGUAGGAACCUGAAGGCGCAUGCCUUCUACAGAACUUUCGACUGGAGUUCAUUUGAAACUCUGAAGAUGUCUCCGCCCUACCGGCCCUUAGUGCAAAGCAAGCGGGACCUGUCCAACUUCGCUCAGUCCAAAGAGCUGCCGCCCAUCCUCCCCUACGAGGACGACGGGAGCAACUGGGACGGCGACUUCCCGACCUGCUCCUGAUUCCAGGCUCUUGGACCGGCUUCAGCCAGGAGCUUGCCGGCUGGGGCCCUGUAUCGUGCCACGUAUCCAGUGGCCUUCACAUUUCUAGUGCCGUUUCACAUCUAUUCUUUUCUUCCCCGCCCCGCGUUUGCUGGGAGAGACCGUC